AUGUCUUCUGACGAGGAAAUGCCGAAUCAAGAAGAGUCCCAAAAUGAAGAUUUGCAGUUAGCCUUUGUUACGAUGUUAGAAGACUACAAAAUUAUUCUGGAUAAAAAAAUGACACCUCCCGUUAAGUCUGCCAAAGACAAAGCACUUAAAGAAUUCACAGAGACGAGGUUAACUGCGGGCACCAGUCAAGACGUUGAUAUAUCAUUGACCGAUGAAGAGAAUCAAAUACCUUUUUGUGAUGAUAAAGAAUUAAUGGCUAAAUUACGUAAGAAAUUACUACUUCAACAAAUCAACACUGCCGCAGCUCAAAAAAAAGCUGCUAUAGCUCAAGAAAAGGCCGCUCUAGCUGUCGAAAGGGCCGCAGGAGCUGUAGAGCAAUUCGUAGAAGAUUACUUUGCACGACAACAGGCGAGCUUUUGAAUUCAUUUGGAUUCAAAAAUACCUACUGAUUAAUAUGUUUUUUUUUGUUAAAAG